GUGUGUGUGUGUGUGUGUAGCUGUCUGGCUGGCAGCUGGGGUCCCUCGUCCCCGGCUCCUAGGCUCGCUCAGCUCCUGCGCUGAAGCCCGGCCGUGAGAAAGGCGUGCGCGCCGCCGAUUCUGCAAAGGAUGGAGCAGACCGAGGUGCUGAAGCCCCGGUCGCUAAACGACCUGAUCCGCAUCCUGCACCAGCUCUUCGACGGCGAGGAGGUCAAUGUGGAGGAGGUGCAGGCCGUCAUGGAAGCCUACGAGAGCGACCCCGCCGAGUGGUCCGUGUACGCCAAGUACGACCAGUACAGCUUCCCAGCCGCCUCUCCUUGCCCCGGCCUCGGGUGCAGAGCCCUGGGGAGCCGACUGGCCGGACUGACGGAGGCUGAUGCUCCCGGGGAGACCUGCAUCAGCCAUCCAGGAGGAAAGGGUAACAACGGUGGGGGCACAAUUCCCCGCCGCUGGCUCUCCAUCACUUCGCCCUCUGUGGCCUGCAAGCAAGCACCUGCCAACAGGUACACCCGAAAUCUUGUGGAUCAAGGAAAUGGAAAAUUUAAUCUGAUGAUUCUAUGUUGGGGUGAAGGACAUGGCAGCAGUAUCCAUGACCACACCAACUCCCACUGCUUUCUGAAGAUGCUGCAGGGAAAUCUAAAGGAGACAUUAUUUGACUGGCCUGACAAAAAAUCCAAUGAGAUGAUCAAGAAGUCUGAAAGAAUCUUGAGGGAAAACCAGUGUGCCUACAUCAACGAUUCCAUUGGCUUACAUCGAGUAGAAAAUAUUAGCCAUACGGAACCUGCCGUGAGCCUUCACUUGUACAGCCCACCUUUUGAUACAUGCCACGCCUUUGAUCAAAGAACAGGAUACAAAAACAAAGUCACCAUGACAUUCUAUAGCAAAUUUGGAAUCAGGACCCCAUUUGCAACUACAGGAUCACUGGAGAACAACUAAAGAGCACCCAGCCCUCUACGAGCUGUGCAAAGUUUUGCCUUCAAUGGGAAGGCUUCUCACCAUUUGCUGUUCACUUUACAAAGCCAAUACUUAGGUCUCCUGUAAGGCAGAUGCUAAUUAUAAGGCAUGAAGGAAGCAAAUAGUGCCCUAAGCAACUAUAGAAGAAAAAUCUCACUAAAGAAAAAAAAAAAAAAAAAAAGGCUUGUGAUUUUUAAAGGCCAAAUCAAGUACUCUCCUGGUCUUAUUCUUUAAAUCAGGGGUGGGAACCUUUUUUCUGCCAAGGGCCAUUUGGAUAUUUAUAACAUCAUUCUCUGGCCAUACAAAUAUCAAUUUAAAAAUUAGACCUUUAUAUUUGGUCAAACAUUUAAUUAAUUCAGCUCUACUGCCUUGGCAGGGCUAGACCAAAUGAUUUUGCAGGCUUUACACGGCCUGCUGACCAACGUUUCCCACCCCUGUUCUAAAUCUAUUGGAACCAGACUGGGAACGUCAGUGAAGGGUUUUAUAGCUUUUGGGAGCACUCUGGUCUCUGAACUAUAAUUAGCAAUAUAUAAAAACUAUAGACAUCAAAUGCCUGCCUUGUGACUUGGAUAACUAAAUGUAGAUGUCUUUAGUAUACUUUGUAUGUUCUUAAUAUUUGAAGAGAAUUUUUGGAAUCUGUGGAUUUUAUUUUUACAAUCAUAUUUUACAAAUUCCUGUUCUAUAAACAAUGGGGUUUUGUAGAUAGAGAAACUUAAAGUACUUUGACAUUUGGUAAUGAAAUGAAGGGCAAAGGAUUUAGAAAAGUAGAUGUAUUCAAACCCACAACAAACCAAAAACAUAAACUCAUGUCUGGUAUGUCCAGUGGCCAUAGUGAAAGACUUUGUACCAGUCUCAAAUUCUAAUAAAACUGGAUUUGAAUACA